CUCCAGUCUCUUUUUACAGGCUACAACUACUGGCUGAAAUUUUCACCUGUAAAUUUAGAACAUGAUCAUAAAAACAUUCACAGUAGCACUGAUUUUCAUAAUGUAAAUCUCUGACCAAUAACAACUGAAACCACUAUCACAUCUUCUGGCAUUUCAAGUAAUUGCCCAGUGGUAGUGUAUGCAUUUACUGUUAGGGCUCAAAUAAAGAUGACGUGACAAGUAGUUUCCCCAGUUUCAGAGUAAGCAAAGGAUUCUUGAAUCAGCUUUAAGUGUAAUGAAAGUGUAUAUUUUGCCCAGUGUUAAACUCAUUUAUUCCAAGCCUCAAAGAGUUUCCAGGAUCUUUUCUUUCCCCACACAGGCUGUCAACCUGACUAUUUCUUAUGAAUCCAUUCAGAAAAUACUGGAUGCCACACAGUUGCCCAUUCGGCACUUCCCACCUAUGGGGAUAUAAGCAGAAUAGACCUAUUUCCCCAGUUUAAUGAGGGAAAUUUCAUUCCAGCUGUACAGUUGUCCACAUCAGAAAGCAAUGUCAAAACAAUAAUCUCUUAGGUUGCCAUCCCAGGUUUCUGAAGCCAAAUUACUACCUGUUAGAAAAGAGUGUGUCAUACUAGAAAAUAGGAAAGCAUGGCUUUUCGCAAGAUAGGGAGUUCACUUAUGUCAGGUAAAGAAAAUGAUACAAAAUUCAUGGAAGGAAGAUAAUGUUAAUUGAAUAAAAAUAGAGGCCAAGUAGUCUCAAGGCAUUAAUAAUUCCUCAGUAGUGCUACUAUUCAAGAUAUCAAUGAAAACUGUGGAUAUGCCCAUUAAUUCGCUUCAAAGACUGUUCCUGCAAUAUUCCAAGUGUUAUCAGCAACGAUCUAAAGAGCUUCUACAAAUCUUCUUUUGUUGCCCUGUCCUUCCUCCCCACCCCCACCAUGAAAACACUCAUACAGCUGAAUUAAUAAAAUGUACUCAAUCUGGUAAGAACAUUCUGUAACUCAAUGUGUGCAAGCUGCCUUUAGCUCAUUUUGUUAGUAGGAUUAAUUUUCAAAACUCUAAGACUUUCAUGUUAAUCCCAGAUAAUACUAGGUUUGGUACAUUAAAAUAAUCAGAUUACAGUGAAUGUCAAUGCCAUUUGAUUUAAAAUGUUAUGGAGUACAGUGCUGGAACUAUCGACCUCUCUCCACAAAGUGAUGACCUGGGUUCACCAUGUCUCAACAGACACAGACCUCUGCUUCAAGUCACUGUUAAAAAGCUGGCUUUGUUUAUCCAAACAUUAGUUUUCUAUGACAUGAAGAAAACAGUAACUAAAACAGGCAAAACAGCAGCACUGACAUACUGGGUUGUGAUCAACUGCAAAACUAUUCUUAUAAAAGAUGAAGACAGUGGCUACAACAAAAACCUGUUCUGUAUUCCUAAGCAUUAUGAAGAAGAUAUAGAAAGAGUCUUCAUUCCUCAUGGACUAAUCCUGGACAGGACAGAACGUUUGGCUAGAGAUAUCAUGCAAGAUAUGGGAAGCCACCACAUUGUUGCACUCUGUGUCCUUAAAGGAGGCUACAAGUUCUUUGCUGACUUGCUGGACCAUAUAAAAGCACUAAACCAAAAUGGUGAUAAGUCAGUGCCUGUUACUGUGGAUUUUGUUAAAAUAAAAAGCUACUGUAACGAUUCACCUACAGAGAAAAUCAGUAUUGUUGGAGAAGAACUGUCUGCGUUAAAUGGGAAGAAUGUGUUAGUAGUAGAGGAUAUUAUUGAGACUGGUAGAACAAUGAAGGCACUGCUUUCAAAACUGAAGGACUAUGAACCAAAGAUGAUAAAAGUAGUAAGCUUGCUCAUUAAAAUGACAAACCGAAGUCCUGGUUACAGACCAGACUAUAUAGGCUUUGAAAUUCCAGAUAAGUUUGUAGUUGGAUAUGCCCUUGACUACAAUGAAUACUUCAGAGAUCUGAAUCACAUUUGCAUUCUCAAAGAGAAAGCCAAAGAGAAAUACAAGAUCUGAUACCAUGAGCCUACUGGAGUAAAAGCUCCCUGGCCUGGACUGUGUGUAUGAAGAAGUGAUCCGGUCAUGUGCUUGUUUCACUGAAGUACUACACUGAAGAAUGAAAUGUAUUUGUAAAAUAUAUUCAUGUAUUUGUAAAAUAUAUUCAUGUAUUUGUAAAAUAUAUUCAUGUAUUUGUAAAAUAUAUUCAUGCAUUUGGUAUUGCCUUCUACUGGAACAACACGGACACAGAAAGGAUGCGUGUGUAAAUAUAUCUGAGUUUUUAUUUACUGUAAGGAACAAUGUGUGCAUUGUACACAAGCUAUUUUAACAAUGUAAAAAUAUACGUAAGUAGUUAAAUAAGCUAAAUAAACACCUAGUGCUACCCUU